CGCUUUCAGAAGACUAGAAAAGCGUUACAAGCUCAAGUCCAUUUACCUUUUACCAUUAAAUGUCACAUUUAUUCUUGCAAUAUCGUAUAACAACUCUAUACUCAAAAUAUUAGGACUUCAUUAUUCUGACUUUAUACUGUAUUAAAUCAUUCUCAAAAUCUCUUUUUUUUUUCGUGAGUCUGGCAUUCAUACUUCUAAUACUCCAUCAUACCUAUGAAGUAAAACACAUGUUCAAGUCUUGUUGGAUAAACUAUGAACUUGAUUGGUGUUUUACAGAAUAGUGUGCUCACUCAAUGCAUGUAAAUGGACCUCAGAACCUUUUAUAAACACCUUUCUAUAUAUUGUACUACAGUACACCACCACCACCCAUCAUUUUAAUAAAUGUUUCUUUUUUGACCAGGUCAACAAAAACUCUCUCUGAGAAUCUUUGUAAAAGUCAAAUUCAUGUUAGAUCUGUUUGAUUGGAUUUCACUGGAUUGCACAGGUGGUAACAAUGUAAUGGCUGAUUGAUGUGUAUGUAUGUUUUUGUGUGUGCUCAUGUGCGACCACAUCUGCGUUUGUGUGCUGAUGGUAAACUAUGGUGAGUUAAGCACGGAGCGCUAUCUUAAACAAACCCAUUAAUCAGGAUGUUGGUGUGACGUGAGCUGGAAGCACAUGGGACCACACAGGUGGGUGGCUUUAACCUGUUACGCUUUCUAACUCUGACUGAAACCAGUCAGAGGUGUAAGUAAAGCAAGAAGUGUCUCUUGUUGUUUGAAACCAGUCCAGAUGAGAGCUGGUGAAGACAUGAUUUAAACUCAUAAAAGGUCUUGAAUAUGGACUCUCUGUUCUUUGUCAACUAGAAACCACAUACUAACUUCUGUAACAGCUCUCAAAUGGACUAUAACCAGAAACUCCGCAAUUCUACCUCACCCAGUGACAUCUUCAGAUCAACCCCUGCCUGACUCGUCUUAUUUUGUUCCUUGACAUUUGCAUGCCAGGCCACAGCAGUGCCUGAAACACUGGUGUCUGUGGAGAGUCAUUUGCCUGCAAUACAUGGAAAGACGAGACGCCGAACAAACAAGCUCUCACUUGUCGCCGUCUCGCUGUCGGCACAUCCGAUGCUCUGAGUGCUGAGUUUUCUGUGGGACCUAAAAGUUCCAGCAGAGAUGGGGAUAAAGGAAAUGUUCACCUGUGCGAAAGUUCCCUCCAUCCUCUUGCUCGGGGUGCUUUACGUGGCCUACGUGCUGGUCGGGGGGUUGAUUUUCUGGAAGUUGGAGGGAGAUCUCGGAAAGAAGGACAUCACCCUUUUACUGUCCAGCAAGAAGAAGCUGCUUGCAAAGUACACCUGUCUGAACCAGGAGGGCCUGGAGGCAGUGGCUCAGGUUGUUCAGGCUGCUUCCAAGGUGGGCCUCAGUUUGAAAGGAAACUACACCUCAGACGGCUUCUGGAAAUUCACCAGCUCAGCGGUGUUCGCUGCCACCGUGGUCACAACUAUCGGUUACGGGAACAUUAGUCCUGACUCCACUGCUGGACAGAUCUUCUGCGUGUUCUUCGCAGUAAUUGGGAUUCCGCUGAACAUGGUGGUGCUCAACAGGGUGGGCAAGUACAUGCUGGUCAUAGGGAGGAACAUCUCAGAGUUCCUGGAGGGGAAAACCAGGUGGAGGAAGUGCACCCGCUUUUUGGUCCACCUGGUGUCUUACCUGUCAGGAGCCAUUCUCUUCUUUGUUGUUCCCAUGAUUGUGUUCCAGGAGCACGAGGGCUGGACCUUCUCCCAGGCCAUCUACUACUGCUUCAUCACCCUCAGCACCAUCGGCUUUGGAGACUUUGUGGCAGACAGUAAUCCAGACAAAGUGUACCCAGAGUGGUACAGCAUCCUCAUGGCCAGUUGGAUUUUCUUCGGCCUGGCCUGGCUGGCUUUGGUUAUCAAUCACACCAUCGACAUCCUGGAGCGGAUCAACACCCACUUCAAGCUGUGGUGGACCGGACAGACGCCAGAAAAGUCCGGCAGUGCGGAGGACGACAGCCCGGAGAUGCAGGAAACACAGGUGGAGGAGGAGGACGAGAAGAAGUCUCCAAUAAUUGAGUAAACGUCUAAAUGAAUGUUCAGUAAGCUGACAUUAGUGAUAGAACAAUAAUAAUAAUAAUACUUUAUUUGUAUAGCACUUUUCUUCUGCUUUACAACAGAA